AUGUUGGAAGGCGUCCUUGCCUCGCUUCUCAACAGGCUCCUCGCCGCCUACGUCGACGGCCUCAACACCAGCCAGCUCAAUGUAGGCAUCUGGUCCGGAGAUGUUAAGCUCCGCAACCUCCGUCUCAAGACUUCUGCCCUUGACAAAUUUCGACUGCCAAUAGACGUCAAGGAAGGCUACCUCGGCGACCUGACACUCUCCAUCCCAUGGUCCAACCUCAAGGGCAAGCCCGUCCGCAUCCUCGUUGAAAAUGUCUACCUGCUCGCGGCGCCCAAGAACAGCAGCGUCGAAGUCGACGAACAGGAGGAAGCGCAGCGCGCACAAGCCGCAAAGCAGGAGAAGCUCGCAAAUGCAGAGCUGCUUGGUGGCAGUAGCCAAGUAGGCGUGUCGAGCGAAGACGAGCAGAAGAACCAGUCCUUCACUAGCUCGCUCAUCGCCAAGAUCGUCGACAACUUGCAGUUUACCGUCCGCAACAUCCACAUCCGCUACGAGGACAGCCUCUCCAACCCAGAACAUCCCUUCUCCGCCGGUAUCACGCUCGCCGAAUUCUCCGCCGUUUCCACCGACGCCAAUUGGAACCCCACCUUCAUCCAGAACAGCGGCGACGGCAUCCACAAGCUCGCCCGCCUCGAGUCGCUCUCCGUCUACUGGGACACAGAUUCCGAGUCGCUCGCCGGCCAUGAGAUCUCGGAAGCACAGAAAAAGUUCAACGCGCUCAUUGCGCGCGAAGGAGCUACACCGAGCCACCAGUAUAUCCUCAAACCCGUUUCGGGCGCAGGUAGGCUCGUGAUGCGAAAAAAGAUGACCUCCGAAGUACCCAAGAUGGACGCGCAGCUGCUCUUCGAGGAGCUCGGUUUCGCCCUCGAUGACGAGCAGUACCGCGACGUCAUCUCGGUCGCCGACCUCUUCCACUUUUACACACGCCAGGCACAGUAUCGCAAAUUCAGACCGGACGCCGAAGAGCUCGAAAAGAAUCGACCGCGGGCGUUGCUCCGCUUCGCAGGCAAGGCCAUCCUGAACGAAGUGCACGAGCGUCACCGCGUCUGGACCUGGGAUUACUUCCGCGAACGUCGCGACGACCGCAAAGAGUACGUCGAGCUCUUCAAGCAGAAGGAGAAGAGCGUGCAAAAGACAAAUCAGCAGCAGGCCGGCGUCGCCAUCGCACAGAGCGACAGCGGUUCACGGCUCGAAGAGCUCGAGAGGAAGCUCGGCUACAAGGACAUCCGCUUCUACCGUUCGAUAGCGCGGCACGAGCUACGCAAGGAGAAGCUCGCAGCCAAGAAGGACGACCUCGCCAAUGGCGGCAGCGGCACAGACGCUCACAGCCAGAACGCAGGCGGCGGAGGCGGAGGAUGGCUCGGUUGGAUCUGGGGCGGAGGCGGCAAAGGCCAUGAGCAACACGGUCAAGAGGACGGCGUGCUCAACGAGGAGCAGCGCAAGGAGCUCUACGACGCCAUCGAGUGGGACGAAGAGGCCAGCGCCGCAGCGCUCACACAGUCCGUCGACGCACCCAGAGAUGCCAUGCAGCUUCGCCUCAUCACCAAGCUCAAGACCGGUUCGGUCGCGCUCAAGGACCACGCGCGCGGCACCGACAUCCUCUCGCUCGUCUUUGACUCGCUCCAAGCCAACGUCAUCCAACGGCACGACAAUCUCGAGGCUGCCGUAGCUCUCGGAGGUCUACGCGUUUACGACGGCACCACGCCCAACUCGCUCUACCCGCAGGUGGUACGUGUCAAGGACGAGGAGAUCGACAAUCCCAGCCGGCAGAACUCGAAUGACGGCGACAUCAAGCGCAUCGAGCAGGAGGUGGAGGAGGAGAGCGAUCCAGACAAUCCAUUCUUCUAUGCAAAGUACGAGCUGAAACCGCUCGACGAUCGUGCCGACAAUGCCCUGACGCUCAAGAUGCGAUCCAUGGAGAUCAUCUAUCAUCGUGGGUUCGUCGAAUCCAUCGUGCGCUUCUUCAAGCCGCCCGAAAGCGAGCUGGAGCUCAUCGGCGCGCUCAUCGACGUCGCCAGCGAGACCAUCGAGGGCAUCCGCAAGGAGACUCGCGCCGGCCUCGAGAACGCGCUGCAGAAUCACAAGACCAUCGACAUGGUUGUCGACGUCAAGGCGCCCAUCAUCAUCGUGCCCGAGGACGUCACCACCAAGAAAUGCCAGCACAUGGUGCUCGAUGCCGGUCGCAUCGCCGUCCGCUCGGUGCUCGCCGACCAAAGUGCCCUCGACACGGUGCGCUCCAAGCAGAAUCGCGCCUAUACGGACGAGGACUACCGCCAGCUCGAGGACCUCAUGUACGACCGCUUCUUCGUCAAGCUCGAGUCGGCGCAGCUGGUCAUGGGCAACGAUAUCGACUCGUGCAUCAGGGGUCUGCACUCGGAUUCGACCGACCAUGGCCUCCACUUGCUCGAACGCAUCAACCUCGAUUUCACUCUGCACAAUUCGAUCCUCUCGUCGGCGCCCAAUCUCACCAAGUUCAAGAUGACCGGUCACCUUCCCACAUUGCGCGUAAACUUCUCCGACCGCAAGUACAAGACGAUGAUGCGCAUCAUUGAUGUCGCCAUCCCCAACUUUGACGAUAUGGGCGAUGCAGAUUCGCCUACCAAAGGCUUGGGCACCAUCGAGGAGGAGCUCGAGCCCGUCGCCAUCGGCAAAGCGCGACAGAGCGGCGAUCAAGACGAUGACGAUGCGGAUCAGGACGACGAAAAGGAAGCCACCAAGUCGCGGCGCGCUCGGGGUCGACCGUCCGAGACGCUCGACCUCAACAAGGCCCGCCGCCAGCGACUCGCAGGACAGCUGCGUGGCGAGGAUGAGUACAUUGUCGACGCUGGCUUCGACGACGACGAUGGCAAGGACGAGUUCCAAGACGCUGAAGAUGCCACCGUCGACAAGGUCAACGCGCAUCAAAAGACGUUUGAGCUUGAAUUCGUCGUCGACUCCCUCCAGGGAUCCAUCUUCAGGUCCGCCACCGACCCAUCGCAGCCGGAUCGUCUGCUGGUAGAUGCGCGCUUCGAGGGGUUCCUGCUGCAUCUGGCCGUCUAUCCGUACCACAUGGACGUCGACGUGGGACUUCGCAGUCUCGAGCUCGAGGACAAGAUCGUCGACCAAGGCGCACAGUUCCGACACCUCAUCACUUCCAAGCACGUCCGCGACAGCACCUCGCGCUCCGCCACAGGCGAUUCGAGCGCUUCAUCGGGGUCGGCGUCGCCCGCUGAACACCGCGACUUGGUGCGUGUGCGCUACACCCGCGUCAGUCCCGAGUCGCCCGAGUUCAUGACAAAGUACGAGGGCAUCGACCAGACGGUCAACGUGGAGCUCUCCACCAUCAACAUCAUGCUCACGCGUGUCAGCGUCCUUGCCGUCUACGACUGGAUCAUGACCACCUUUGUGUCGGUGGAUGAGCCCGCCGAGACGCAGCAGGAGCAGCAGCGCCGUCCGAGUCGUUCGUCGGAUCGACGGCCUAGCGAUGCGACAUCGAAGAGACCAUCGUUACGCCCCUCCGUCGACACGCAGGCCUUGGUAAAGAGCGACGAUUCUGGUCGCAAAGAAAAAUUGCGUGUCCGUGUCAAGCUCAACUCGAUCGUCUUGCGACUCAACAACGACGGCAGUCUUCUGGCGACGCUCACGCUCUCGACGGCAGAUGUCGCUGUCAUGCUGCGCGGCAAUACGAUCCGCGUCGCAGCGCGUCUAGGUUCGCUGCUCCUUUACGACAACGCCAAGCGCAGCGUCGCCGAUCCGCACUUCAAGAAGCUGCUCAGCAUUCAGGGCGACGAGCUGGCCGACUUUACCUACGAGACGUUCGACGAAGCCGACGCCGCCUCGUACCCUGGCUACGACUCUGCAAUCUGGUUGCGAUCCGGCUCGCUCAAGUUCACUUUUGUCGAAGAGCCCAUCCGCGACCUGUUGCAGUUCUUCAGCAAAUUUGCGCAAAUGAAAGCCGUCUACGAUGCGGCCACGCUCGCCGCUUCCAACCAAGCAUCGCAGCUGCAGGAGCGCGUCGACAAGAUGCACUACGAUGUCAUCAUCAAGACGCCGAUCGUCGUGCUGCCUCGCUCGUCCGACUCGCCUGAUGUCAUGACUGCCAACUUGGGUGAGAUCUACGCCAAGAACACCUUCGCUGUUCGCGACAACAAGGAGGCCAUCACCAAGAUCGAGGCAGGCCUGCGACACAUCCGCCUCGCAUCUCGUAUACGCUACGGUACUCAGGAGUAUCACGUCCAGAUGAUCGACGACGUCAACAUCUCGCUCGACAUGAUCCAAUCGGACCGCGCCAGUGCUGCCGCGGGUUCAGCCAACGAUAGCCCCGAGACGCAGAUGGUCGCCAAGAUGUCCGACGUGCACAUCAAGUUAACCGAGGCGCAGUACUGCUUCGUCAUGGAGCUGACGCAGUCGAUCCCUCGCGCCUUUACGGGUCUCGCCGAAGAAGCGAGCGCGUUGGACGAUGCCAGCACAGCCGUGUCGGUGCCAGCAGCUCCAUCGAAACCGGCGACGGGAACGAAAUCGCGGUCCGUCUCCGGGCAACAGCCGUCGACUCCGCGCAAAGGCAGCAAAAGCGGGGAUGCGACGCCUAAGGCGCCCACCCCAUCCAAGAAGGGACCCGGCGUCGACAUGCUUCCCGAGCUGGGCACCGUCGUUCACAACGAGAAUGGUGACGUCCCCGUCUACACCAGCCUAGACAUGUUCUUCGACGUCAACUCGAUCCAGCUCGAGCUCUUCACCGCCGCUGCGACAAGUCAGGAGACGCUGUACAAUGCGCAGCUCGCGCGCUUCUCGAUCAACGGGUCCGAGGUCAAACUCAAAAUGCUUUCCGACAGCUCGCUUGAGGCCGAGGUGGCGCUCAAGACGUUCACCGUAACAGACCAGAGGCCGGACAAGGACACCAAGUUCCGCGAGAUCGUACCCGCCGUCAAACACGAAGGACACCAGUUCAUGAUGAGCUACAGCAUGUCGGGCGGCGAUGAUGGCUCGGCUUUGGCGCUCAUCACCAUCGACAGUCCCAAGGUCAUCUUCUCUCUCGACCCGGUAUUUGCGCUGCUCAACUUCUUCAUGAGCGCCUUCGCCGACACGCCUCCCGAGCACGAAAAGCCGGAUGGCAAUACGACGGUCGUAGACACCGGCGCGCCCGCUGGUCCCCAAAGAGAUCCCACCACGGAGCAGGCAGCUCCUGCAGCCGGUACCUUGGCGUUCCGCGUCAAUGUUGUCGAUCCCACGAUCAUCUUGCUUGCCGCUCCCGAGCGCCACGACACCGAGGCCAUCGUGCUGUCGAUCAAGCAGGUGCUCAUGUCGCAACAAGGCAUCUUGGCGCUCAAGGUGGACCAGUUCGGAAUGUUCAUGUGCAGGAUGCACCGUCCCAAAGACACUUUGCGCUUGCUCGACAACUUCGACCUGGCCCUCUCGAUGGACAGCCGCGUCAACGAGACGAGCUCCCUCACCAGCAUCGAGGUCGACGUCGAACCGCUGGUGCUGCGCGUGUCGGUUCGCGACAUCAUGAUGAUCCAGUCGGUCGUCAACAAGGCCAUCGAACUUUCCUCGCAACAGUCCUCUGCUGCCACGAGCAAGAAUGACGCCAAGAGCGUCGCCUCGUCGCAACGCAGGCAGAGCUCCAUGGCGAGCAGCAGCAACACGAUUGACUCGCUAACUCGCGCCAAGACGAUGGCGAAGGACGACGACAGCAGCACGAUCGAUACCAAGACGCAGCAGCGUAUCGAAGAUGCCGAGCUCGUGGUGGCCAAAGAGUCGUUGCGGGCCGACUUUGCCGGUCUGCAGAUUAUCCUCAUCGGCGAUGCCCACUCGCUUCCCAUGCUGGACCUCAAUGUGUCCAAAUUCGCCGUCGACGUCCGGGACUGGUCGGGCGACAUGCACGGCAGCACCUUCCUCGACCUCUACAUCAACUACUACAACCUGUCGAGGUCGCACUGGGAGCCACUCAUCGAUCCAUGGGGCGUCCAGUUCCACGUGGAAUCGAGCACGUCGCCUUCGCGCUUCAACGCGACCGUCUCGAGCAAGAAACGUCUCGAGCUCAACGUGACCACGACGCUCAUCGAAACGGGACUGUCGGCCAUGUCUCUGAUCAACGAGGCCGACCUGCAGGAUCUGCAGCAGCGCAACCGGGCUCCUUUCGUCAUCCAGAACAGGACCGGGUACCGCAUCUCUCUGUGGCCCGAGCACGACGAUCGAGAACGCAAGAGCAAGACGUCCUCCCAGCACCUCGACGACGGCAAGGACAUGCCGUGGAGGUUCGACGACUGGAAGUCGAUGCGUGAACACAUCCACGAGAGCGGCAGCAAUCGCCUCUCGCUCCAGAUCGACGGCAUGCCGUGGGAACGCCUCCGUCACAUCUCGGUCGAUCGGGAGGGUGAGUACAUGCUGACACUGCGACCCAAGCUCGACAAGGUGGCGCAUCGUGUCCAGUACGAGGUCAAGCUGCACGACAAUGUCAAGUACAUCACCUUCCGUUCGUCGUUCAAAAUCGAGAACAAAACGCUCAUCCCCAUCGAGAUGGUCAUCCUCGACCACGAGGGCAACGUCACUGAUCAGGUCCGUCGCAUCGGUCCUGGAGAGGAUUGUCCCGUCCCCAUCGAGGCAGCCUACCACUGCCGUGUCAAGAUCCGCCCCGAUCCAGGAUUCGAGUACGAUUGGUGCCAAGAGAGCCUCAACUGGCAGGACUUGCUCAAGAAGUCGACCCGCACAUUGACAUGCCGCGCUCACGACGAUGGCGAGGCACCCUUCCGGUUCCAGAGCUUUGCCAUCUAUGACCGCCAAGAUCCUAACAGUCGAACGUAUCCGCGUCUGACGCUGCGAUUGCGCGCGCCCGUCGAGGUGGAGAACCUGCUGCCGUACGACAUCCAGUACCGCAUCUUUGACAAGAACCUCAACCACAACUGGUCGAGCUACCUUCGCAAAGGUGGCAUCAGCCCGAUCCACGUCGUCGAGCUCUCGCACUUGCUGCUUCUGAGCGUUGACAUUCAGUCGUCGUGCUUUUCGCCGAGCGAGUUUGCCAUCAUCGCCACCGACAAUCCGGACGACUUCCCCGUGGAAAAGAUGCUGACGCUCGCCGACGCCGAGAAUCUGAAGCUCAACCUGCGCCUUCACUACUCGAAGCAUCCAGAUUCGGGUGGAGCGUUCAAGGUACAAAUCUACUCGCCUUAUAUCUUCAUCAAUCAGAGCGGCCUGCCGUUUGCGCUCAAGACCAAGUCGUGGCUGGGCAGCGCCAAGCUCGUCGCCGGUCAGGACCAGGGAGGUGUGUCGGCCGAGGUGCGCAAGACGCCGGAACCUUUCCUGUUUUCGCACAACUCUAACGACCGCCGCAACCGCGUCCUGAUGCGUGUCGGCGACUCGCAGUGGUCCAAGCCGCUCUCGUUCGAAGCGAUAGGUUCCGAGACCGAGGUGGUGAUUCCGUCUGCGUCCAAGAAUGAGGAGAUUCACGUCGGCCUCACCGUUGAGGAUGGUCUGGGCAAGUUCAAGCUGUCCAAGGUGGUCAAGUUGACGCCACGCUACCUGGUGCGCAACAACCUCAACGAGCCGCUCAAUCUGAGGGAAGCGGGCGCCGCCGAUUUUGUCACGAUCGAGGCGGGUCAGCGAGUGCCGCUGCGCUUCCUGCGCGUCGGCGCCACGAAGCAGAUGACGCUCGCCUAUCCUGGCAUCAACAACAAGUGGAGUGCGCCUUUCAACAUCGAAGACAUCGGCAGCGUCCAUCUGCGAUUGGCCAAGGCGGGUCACCAUCAGCACCUCGUCAAGGCCGAGGUGCUGUUAGAGGGUCCGACGAUCUUCAUCUCGCUGAGCCAGGAGAACGGGCCGUGGCCGUACAUGCUGCGCAACGAAAGCGACUACACGGUGCAGUUCAUGCAGGCGACCGAGCGCGUCGACGAGGGCGGAAGCGGCAAGCGCAUUGACGAGGCGGUGGGCAAGCGAUACGAGCUCAAGCCGCGGUCCAAGAUGAAGUACGCCUGGGACUACCCAGCGGCGACGGACAAGAUGAUCAAGCUGGUCGUCAAUGGUCGCGAGCGCAACGUCAACAUCCUCGAGAUCGGUAGCUUGCUCCCGUUCAAGUUCCCUGGUCCCGACGGUAGAGGCAGCCGCGUGAUCUCGCUCGAUGUGCGCGCUGACGGUCCGACGCAGACGCUGGUGUUGAGCAACUACUCGGAGGAGUUCAGCAACUUUAAGCUGAAACGUCAGAACUCGACCUUCUCGCGCAGCGACACGGUGUCGAGCGUCAACAGCAAGGAUGCUGGAUUUGUGGCCGUGGAUGUCGACACGAACAUCUUGACUGCCUUCAACCUCGAGUUUGAGGGCGUGGGAAUCUCGCUCAUCAACCAAAACAUCCAGGAGCUGGCUUACGUCUCGUUCAGGGGACUGGAGAUGCACUACACUGAAUCCGAAGUGACGACGGCGGUCAACGUGAUCUGCAAGUGGAUCCAGAUCGACAAUCAGCUGUUUGGUGGGCUGUUCCCGAUCGUGCUGUAUCCGACGGUGCUGCCCAAGGACGGCAAGGAUCUGGAAGUGCACCCGACGUUGCAGGCGUCGGUGAUCAUGCUCAAGGACGAAUCACACGGUGUGACGCACAUCAAGUACGCUUCGGUGCUGCUGCAAGAGAUCACCGCCGAGCUGGACGAAGACUUUCUGUUUGCGCUGUACGAGUUCUCCAAGUUUGAAGGCGCCGCCUGGCAGCUCGAAGCGGAGAAGGAGACGGACUUUAUCGAGCAUCCUCACUCUGUUCCGGAGCCAUCUGGAGCGCAGGGUCAGUCGGACGACAUCUACUUUGAGAUCCUGCAUCUGCAGCCCAUCUCGCUGAACCUGUCGUUCAUGCGUACGGAGCGCGUCAACGGCGACGACAAAGUGAGCUCGCGCAACCCGCUCAUCUUCCUGUUCAAUGCGCUGACGAUGGCGCUGGGCAACGUCAACGAGGCGCCGGUGCGACUGAAUGCGCUGGUGAUCGAAAACGUGCGUCUGAGCAACGCGGUGUUGCAGCAACGCAUCAUCUACCACUACACGCAAGGGUUCCUGCUGCAGCUGUACAGGGUUUUGGGAUCGGCCGACUUUUUGGGCAAUCCGGUGGGUCUGUUCAACAAUGUGUCGUCUGGUGUAGCGGAUAUCUUUUACGAGCCGUACCAGGGGCUGGUCAUGCAUGGCAACAGGGAGCUCGGAUUGGGAAUUGCACGAGGUGCGAGUUCGUUUGUCAAGAAGACGGUGUUUGGGUUGACGGAUUCGGUGUCCAAGGUGACGGGAUCGAUCGGAAAGGGGUUGGCGGCGGCGACGAUGGAUAAAGAGUUCCAGUCGCGUCGACGCAUGACGAGGUUUAGGAACAAACCGCGCCAUGCGUUGUACGGGAUUACGGCGGGAGCGAAUUCGUUCUUCACGUCGGUGGCGAGUGGAUUUGAGGGGUUGGCGCUGAGGCCGUUGGAGGGUGCAGAGCAGGGAGGUGCGGGUGGUUUCCUCAAAGGAGUGGGUAAGGGGUUGGUGGGAGCGAUUACGAAGCCGGCGGUGGGAGUGUUUGAUCUAGCGUCGAACGUGACGGAGGGCAUGAGGAACACGACGAUGGUCUUUGAUCAGAACGAUAUCGAUCGUGUCCGAUUGCCGCGCUACAUUGCAGCGGAUGGAAUCGUUCGACCGUACUCGGACAGGGAAGCUCUGGGACAGACGUGGUUGAAGAACGUCGAUAACGGAAGGCUCAUGAAGGACAGCUAUGUGGCACACGUGGAUGUAGGCAGUCAGGAGGGGGAUGCGGUGAUCAUGCUGACGGUGUCGAGGAUACUGUACAUCCGAACGAUGCGGUUGAAGGUCGUGUGGGAGGUCCCGCUGUCGGAUCUGAGUAGCAUCAGUUUGGAGAGCGAGGGCAUUGCGUUGGUGUUGCGGGGUGGGGUGAAUGGGCCGUUUUUGGCGUUGGGGGAUGUGGGCACGAGGAACUGGUUGUUCAAGCAGUGUCGAGCAUACGCUGAUCCCUUGCGUGUGGAUCUUGGCCGUUCCCGAGCCGUGUUAGCUGGCUGGCAGACUCACAGGCUGGCCAUGAGGCUACAGUAA